GCUCCCUCGGCCACACGGUUUACAUCUCGGACAAUCUGGCCGUCUGCGAGGGCUGGUGGAGGCGUCGUGACCUGCAGCCGCACGGCGACGACAGCGACCUGUGGGGCCUCCUCGCGCAGACCUUCAGCAUCAGGAGCGGGCCCAGAUCGGAUUUCGUCGUGGAGCACGUGUACUCGCACCUGGAGAUGGCCGAGGCUUUCAGGAUGCGGAUCCCCCCCUGGCUGGUCGUCGGCAACGCGGUUGCCGACGCCUUGGCUGGCGCAGCGGCGGAUGCAGUUCGCGUCGCUGGCCCUGAGCGCGCUCGUGUCCACCAGACGGAGCACGUGGCCACGCUGGUCAGGAGGAGGUUGCUGCGAGCCACCCUCGACGCCAUCGAAGCGGAGAACGGCCUGGAUCCUUCAGUGCGGCGAGCCAGGAGGCGGAGGCGUGCUCCCCCUGCAGCUCGCCUGGUCGCUGCCUACAGCACGUCCCAUGUGCUGGACAGCCACGGCAGCUGCACGAGGUGCAGGUGCUCAUCGUCACGGUCAGCCCGAUCGCAGUGGCUGGAGGCGCGGUGCCCUGGUUUGCAGCGCGACGGGGCCCACGCGCUCAAGCUGGCCGAUGACGACGUGCACAUCGGCGGCGGCCGCCCGCACUCCUCGCAUGUGAUGCGGCUGCACCAGAGCCUCGACGUUUGGUUCUGCCUGAGGUGCGGGUUCUUCACGGCGGCCGCUGGCCGCCUGCUGGGGCGAGGUCUCCGCUCGAGCUGUCCUUUGAACCCCUCGAGGACUGGGCGAGACUACCUCCAGCGGAUCGCCCGCGGCCUUUGGCCGAAGGCCGCUGGGCGACGCCGGUUUGCCCGCGCUGGGGAGGGCAUCCUGCUCGGCCCCAAGAAGCAGGCCGCCCGCCGCCGUGCCGCGCGUGCUGGCGCUGUUCGUGCUGCAGCCGCCUCGGGGCAGGCGGUCCAGCCCUUGCCGAGGGAGCUGGCGGCCCUGGGUGCUGCUCCUGCCCCCUCCGACGUCGGCGACUCCCUCGCGCUCGACUGCGGCACGGCAGACCCGAGGAGGCCAGUCCCGCUGGGGGCCCCAGUCAAGAAGUUGAAGGCGUUCGACGAGAAGGUCCGCUGGCUGCUCGACGCGGCCCGCGGCAAGCGCCUCAGCUCCGACCUGGACGUGACCGAGGCCCGAGUCGAGAUCACUCCUCGGGCCACUGGAGACAGCUGCGCUGGGAAGCGCAGGCGGCUGGGCCACCCUGCGGCCGCCUUGGCCCGCCCCCGCCUCGCCGCGGAGGGAGCCGCCGACGGAGCUCCACCCGCCAAGCGGCCGCGGGCCGACGCCGUGGCCAGCGGGCCCGAGGCGGAGCGGGCCGCUGUGCUGCUCUGA